CCGGAAACUCAAAAAAUGUGUACAGCAUUGUUAGUGGUGAUGAAUCGUGGAUUUACUGUUAUGAACCAGAAAAUAAACGACAGUCGGCUGUUUGGGUGUUCCAAGGUUAAGAAAAGCCAACAAAAGUCAGCCGUUCUCGAAGUGUUUCGAAAAAGAUGGUCGCGACAUUUGUGUCAAAAGCGGGUCAUAUUGCAACAAUUCCUCUUAAUGAGCAAAGAAAUGUUACUGCGGAAUGGUAUACCACCAUUUGUUUGCCAAAGGUCAUCACCGAGCUUCGAAAAAUCAACCCUGAAAGAAGAAUCAUCCUCCACCAAGACAAUGCAAGCUCGCACACAGCCCAAAAAACAAGGCAGUAUUUAACGGAAGAAAACGUGGAAUUAUUGGACCAUCCUCCAUAUAGUCCCGAUCUAAGUCCUAACGAUUUCUUUACUUUCCCGAAAAUUAAAAACAGACUGCGUGGUCAAAGGUUCCAGUCACCAGAAGAAGCAGUUGACGCAUUCAAAAAUGCCGUUUUGGAUCUGCCAGCAAACGAGUGGAAUAAGUGCUUCGAAAAUUGGUUCUAGCGCAUGCAGAUGUGUAUUAAUCUUCGUGGAGAAUACUUCGAAAAACAAUAAAGUUAUUUAAAACUACAUACCGUGUUGUUUUAUUUCAAUAUGCAAAACUUAAAAGACAUCCCUCG